CAACAGCCACUCGUGGUCCUUCCCCAGCGAGCCCCUGCAGCUCCUGGUCACAGGAGACGGGAACACCAGCUUCGCCUCCUCGGACCCCACCUCUCCCGCAGGUGAGGCCCUGGGCUGCUGAGCUCUGG